CUGGCAGCGCGGCAUUUACAGCACUUCGACAACGGGUCACACUGGACACAUGUAGCAGGAAAAAACGCAGACAUCGGAGAAAUAAAUCAGAAAAUUUGAUUCGCUCUGAAGCAGUUCGCAAGUGCCGUGGUCGGUGGUUUUAUGGAACACUUCGAUCAUUCAGCGACCGUGCGCGACAACUUCAUCCUAUGACGACAAGUCGAGGGCAAUAAAUCUAAUCUGAAUUCAUAUUAAAGCUAUGUCCGCCAAGACUGAGGCGGACAAUACGACGACCGCCAAUUCCGGCGGCGGCAGCGGAGGAAUCGGCAGCGGCACAUCCUUUGCCGGAGGGGCAUCCGCCAACGGAACAACCACUCCUGCACGUAGACUGCGCACCCGCAACUCGACUGGAAACGGUACAGCCAGCGGAGGCGAGUCCGUAAAGAAGUCAAACGCCAGCGAUGAGCCCACGACACCAGUCAACCCAGCAGGGGCAGCAGGAUCUCAUGGCCUUGCUCCACCAGCUGCGUCACCGUCAGUGGUAGAACGGCCAAUGCCCAGUGUCCCAAUGAACCACGCCAGCAGCAGCGUGUCGGCCAGCAAGAAGUACCACAACAGCUGCCCUCAUCCCACGCCAACUCCUGCGCCGACAGGGCAUAAGAAGACGGUGCACACACAGCCGCACAGUAGCAACAAGUUUGACCAGGGAAAGAACGAAGAGUUCCAUUUCGACACUCCACCGGAGUGCCCUGUAUUCCGGCCCACGAUUGAAGAGUUUAAAAACCCCUUAGCUUACAUCAGUAAGAUCCGCUCCAUAGCGGAGAAAUGCGGAAUCGCUAAGAUUUUGCCGCCGGCCACCUGGUCGCCGCCAUUUGCUGUGGAUGUGGACAAGCUGCGCUUCGUGCCACGCGUGCAGCGGCUCAACGAGUUGGAGGCCAAGACUCGCGUCAAAUUAAACUUCCUUGACCAGAUUGCUAAGUUUUGGGAGUUACAGGGCUCCUCCCUCAAGAUCCCAAUGGUGGAGCGCAAGGCCCUUGAUUUGUACACGCUGCAUCGCAUUGUGCAGGAAGAGGGGGGUAUGGAACAAACCACCAAGGACCGUAAAUGGGCCAAAGUAGCCAAUCGAAUGCAGUACCCCUCCAGCAAAAGCGUUGGCGCCACCCUGAAGGCGCACUACGAACGGAUCCUGCACCCCUUUGAGGUGUACACCUCGGGCAAAGUUUUGGGUCCCACCCCAGCAUCUGCUGCAGCUGGUGGCACGCCCGUAAAGCUGGAGGAUGGAGGCGGCACCGACUACAAGGCACACGAAAUUCCCACUCGGCAGCAAAUUGCGCCGCCGAACGAGACAAGCACUCGCCGCUCCAAGCGUUUCGGAAACUCCAGUGCCAGUUGUGGUCUGAGCGGCGUUGCCCCCAAGCCGUCCGCUGGCGUGUUCGUCAAGACGGAGACCAAGGAGGAGUUUAAGAGAGAUCUGCUUAGCAGCUUUAACGCCGUGAAUACUGGCGGACCGGCAUUAGCCACUGGCGCGCCUGCCAAUACUCGUGGCGCCAGCCAGAAAAAAGGCGAGCCACCGGCUCUUAUUGUUGACCCGCUGAUGAAGUACAUUUGCCACAUCUGCAACCGCGGCGAUGUCGAGGAGUCGAUGUUGCUCUGCGACGGCUGCGACGAUAGCUAUCACACCUUUUGUCUGCUGCCGCCUCUAACUAGCAUCCCCAAAGGAGAAUGGCUCUGCCCGCGCUGUGUGGUCGAGGAGGUAAGCAAACCUCAGGAGGCAUUUGGCUUUGAGCAGGCUGAGAGGGAGUAUACUCUGCAGCAGUUUGGACAGAUGGCGGAUCAGUUUAAGCAGGAGUACUUUCGCAAGCCGGUGCACUUGGUGCCCACCGAGAUGGUGGAGCGCGAGUUUUGGCGCAUCGUAUCUUCCAUUGAUGAAGACGUAACGGUCGAGUACGGGGCUGAUUUGCAUACAAUGGAUCACGGCUCCGGGUUCCCCACUAAGAGCUCGUUGUACUUGCUGCCUGGCGAUCAGGAGUAUGCAGAGUCAAGCUGGAACCUUAACAACCUACCGUUGCUGGAGGAUUCAAUUCUGGGUCACAUCAAUGCCGACAUUAGCGGCAUGAACGCGCCGUGGAUGUAUGUGGGCAUGUGCUUUGCCGCAUUCUGUUGGCACAACGAGGACCACUGGAGCUACUCGAUCAACUAUCUUCACUGGGGAGAACCAAAAACCUGGUACGGUGUUCCGGGGUCUUGUGCUGAGCAAUUUGAAGAAACCAUGAAGCAGGCAGCUCCCGAACUUUUCUCCUCGCAGCCCGAUCUGCUUCACCAGCUAGUGACAAUUAUGAACCCCAACAUCCUGAUGAACAACCGCGUGCCUGUGUUUCGUACUGAUCAGCACGCCGGUGAAUUUGUGAUCACCUUUCCCCGGGCCUAUCACGCAGGCUUCAACCAGGGUUAUAACUUUGCAGAGGCCGUCAACUUUGCGCCCGCCGACUGGCUAAAGAUGGGACGCGAGUGCGUGAACCACUAUUCAAUGCUUCGUCGCUUCUGCGUAUUUUCGCACGACGAGCUCGUUUGCAAGAUGGCCCUGGAACCGGCGAAGCUUACAUUCGGCAUCGCUACCGCGUGCUACAUCGACAUGGCCGAAAUGGUAGACACGGAGAAGAAGCUGCGCAAAUCACUUCUAGAGUGGGGCGUCACCCGAGCAGAGCGUCGCGCUUUCGAGCUAGUAAACGACGACGAGCGCCAUUGUCAGGAAUGCAACACCACAUGCUUCCUUUCGGCAGUGGCCUGUGAGUGCAACGACAAGCUGAUUGUCUGCCUUCGGCAUUACACUGUGCUCUGUGGCUGUGCUCCCGAGAAACACACCUUGAUCUACCGCUACACCCUGGACGAAAUGCCGCUGAUGCUGCAGAAGCUAAAGGUGAAAGCGCACAGCUUCGAGCGCUGGCUUUCUCGUUGCCGCGACAUCGUCGAUGCACACACGCCGACUUCGGUGACCCUACAGGAGUUGCAAGAAUUGUGUAAGGAAGCAGAGACCAAGAAAUUCCCCUCCUCGCUGCUGAUCGAUCGCCUCAAUGCAGCAGCCAUAGAAGCGGAGAAAUGUGUUACAGUCAUUCAGCAGCUGGGUAUCAACAAGGUACGCACCCGCUCGGAUCACAACCAGGAGGCGGCUCAGUACAAGCUAACGAUGGAGGAGCUAGAGUUGUUUGUUCAAGAAAUCGAUAAUCUAUGUUGCAUUAUUGACGAGGGCGCAUCGGUGCGGGAACUCCUCGUUUUGGGAAAACAAUUUGUGGAGCGGUCCGAGAGCCAGCUGCAGCUGACGCUCGAAGCACUGGAGGAGAGUGAGCUAGAAACGUUGAUAAACGAAGGCAGCUCUCUGCGCAUAGAACUGCAGCAGCUCGACCUACUGCAAAAGCGACUGAAGCAGUGCAAGUGGUACAAGCGUUCGCAGGGCCUAAGGGAGACGAGCUCGAAGCUGACCUACCAGGACGUGAAGAACCUGCUGCACAUGGCGGCGGCUGACCUGGACCCCACGGACCCCUACGUUGACAAAGAAAUGCGAAAACUGCAGCAGAUUGGGGCAGACAUUGAAGCCUGGGAGUCGCAGGCGGCAAAAUACUUCCGGCGCCUCACGCAACAGCACGAGCUGGGAGAAAUCGAACAGUUCUUGAAGUCGGCGGCAGAGAUAAAUGGUCAGGUGCCCUCGCAUGGGCUUUUGAAGGAUGCGCUUAGAAAGGCUCGUGAGUGGCUGCGGGCCGUUGAGCAGCUGCAGCAAAAUAACCACGUUACAUAUUGUCACACACUCGAGGCCAUGAUUGAACGCGGUCUUAACAUACCCAUCCAGCUGGAGGAACUGAGUCGAAUGCAAGGCCACCUUAACAGCGCCCACCAGUGGAAGGACAACACAGCAUGUGCCUUCCUGAAAAAGGGCACCUUCUAUACCCUUUUAGAAGUUCUCAUGCCCCGAUCAGAUGCCAUUAAUAUUGACUCGGAUCUCAAGCCGCGCUUCCAGGAUGACUUUUUGAAGGAGAAAAAUCCAGCGGAAAUCGUCGCCAGCUUCAAGCACGCCGAGGAGCAGGAGCUGCUUGACAUGCGUGAACUUCGGCGGCAAAACAUGACCAAGAAUCCGUUGCGCGAUGUGUUCUGCUUGUGCAAGUCCGAGUUCCGGAACCUAAUGUUCAACUGUCAGUUGUGUCGGGACUGGUUCCACGAGGACUGCGUCCCACCGCCCUCGACUACGAAUGGAACUAUAAGCGGAGGGGCAGGAGCAGGGACUAAUCGCCCCAAGUGGCUCUGCCCCAGCUGUGUACGCUCGAAGAGACCUCGCCUAGAGACCAUCCUCCCGCUGCUCGUCCAGCUUCAGCAACUGCCAAUCCGUCUGCCCGAGGACGAGGCGUUGCGCUGCCUGGCGGAACGAGCGAUGAACUGGCAGGACCGGGCUAGAAAGGCGCUGAGUAGUCCAGACGUCAGUGCGGCCCAAGAAGCAAUCAUGGCUCAACAGCAGCAAAAGCGGCGCUCUGAGGGCGGAGGAGCAGGGGUGGGCAACAUCAAUAGUCCACGGAAGCCACGUCGCCGUGGUAGCCUUGCAAAGGAGGCGAGCGGGUCCACAGAAUCUGAUGCCGACGACGAUGACGACGAGGACGAAUGCCGGCUUCGUAUCGUGGAGGAUAACUUUAGCAACGACGAGGACGAGCACCGUACAGCCCCCGCGACCAGCACCACCAAUACUGAUCUCCACAAACUGUUGUCCGACAGCGAAAUUGAAAACCUUCUUGACCUGAUGAUGGAGGGCGACCUGCUCGAGGUCUCACUAGACGAGACGCUUGAGUUGUGGCGCAUCUUGGAAACAAUGCCGCCUACGUUGCUGCAGGCGGAAGCCAUAGAGCGAGUAGCCCAGUAUUUGCAGCGUCAGCGACAGCAACAUACUAAUCCUUUACCCACAUCCGGCGCCGAAGACUCCAAUGAUAGUUUGCUGAUGCAAAAUACCAAUAGCAACAGCAAUAGUGGUGGAACGACGGCAUCUGCGAGUAACAGCGGACGCAACAAAAAGAGGCGCUCCAAUGAUACCAGCGGCAACUCAGCUGUGCCACGGAAGAAGCAGAACACGCCGAAGCAGACUCCGGCGAAGAAGGGAUCGACGGCAGCGGGACGCAAGAGCGAUGCCAAAGCUUCCCCGGUAGCAUCAGCAACUCCAGGCGCAGAUGCCGACGCUGAGAACAAACAGGCCAAUGGAGGAAACACUAACUCUAGUACAGGGGCAGGGGGUGGCAAUUCGGUGACUACCACGCCCACUCCCGGUUCCACGCACAAGAAGCGAAAGCGAACCUCCACAACCGCAACCAACAACAACAAUAACAACACAAACAAUAGCAACAGUAGCAGCAACAUCAACAGUAAUAAUGCCAGCGCCCAGGGAACAGCAAGCGGAGGCAACUCAACCGGCGUGCAGAAGAAGCAUGCGCAGCGAUCCCAGCAGGCCGCGCAAGAGGACGACGAGGAGGAGUGCCGGGCGGAGAACUGCCAUAAGCCCACCGGACGGGAGGUGGACUGGGUGCAGUGCGACGGCGGCUGCAACGAAUGGUUCCACAUGUACUGUGUGGGUCUUAACCGCAGCCAGAUUAAGGCGGACGACGACUACAUCUGCAUCCGAUGCACCAAGACCGUUGCUAUCGGCACAUCGGGAUCUGGUCACAAUAUGAGUGCGGCGUCCACGACGACGCCGGGCAAACAGCGGGCGGUGCAAUCGGCGCGGUAAAGUAGAAUGAAAUGGAAUCCAGGGGUUGCCGGGUCGAUACGUUUAAGAUUUUGCAGUAACAGCCGAUUUGUGUUUUACGCAUGAUGUACUACUACACACGAUGAAGGCCGAAUAACGGUUAUUACUAAGUUUAGAAGUCACUUGAAAGUUUUUGUAGUACAUAUUUACCAAUUAUCGCUAUAUUUACGCAUCCGCAACGUAAAACACAACUGAAAACAAAAAAAAAAAAAAGGAAAUACAAAGCAAAGGAAAUCAGAAACAAGCAUAGGGAUUAUCGAUUAAGUGAAACAAAAAAACGCAAACAAACCCACACACUAUUUGUUUUUGUACAAUUCAGCCCAUUUUUUACGUUCGUUAAACGUUCUUUUAUUAUUAUAAUAUAUUUUACCAUUACCAUUACCUGCUAUUAUUAGUUUUUGUUAAUUUAAUUCUUUUUUGUGUUCGCCCUUUGAGUUUCGUACAAUGCGCACGCAAAGUUUUCUUUAUUUUAUCUUAGUUUUUCCCUUGACCGAAGGCAACUCUCGUUUUACUUUUGUACAUUUUUGUUUACUUAAGGUUGCGAGCAAAUAUCCUCAAACAUUAAGAAUCUUCCAAUUUCACGCGUGGCGCCUUCAAACACACCUUUUCUUUGUAUGUUCUUGUUUAUUACCCCAAGUUAAACAAAAAACUUAAAAAAAUGUUAAUAAAACGAUCAUACAAAACAAAAAUUCAGUAUAAAUCUAAGUUUACAUUUAAAAUACAAUGAAAAAUGUAUAAUUUUUAAUUUAUAAUAAGUAAGUUGACUAGAAAUCCAGCAACUUGGCAGUAACAAAAAAUUAAAAAUGUCAAAAUAUCUUGAUAAUAUCAACGUAAAACAAUAAACAAGCUUAGAACUAUGCAAUUAAAAGCCAGAUAAAAACAGAAAACACUUUGUAAAAUCAUUUUUUAAAUGUGUAUAGAAACUCAAAGCUUACAAACGUGCAGGUUCUAAAGAAAAAAAAACAAGAUAAAAUAUUAAGCGAUAACGGAAACAAAACAGAGCCCUAAACAUAUUAAGAAACUUUUAUUUUAAGCAGUAAUGUACGGUUUAUUUCAAUGAAGGAUCCAAAAAAUCAUAAAAUUUAUUAUCCUCACGACACCUUCCCCCCAACAAAAUAUAUAAUUCUAUAAUUUAAAUAAAUUAUAUACAUAGUAUUUAAAAGAAA